AUGGCGCACGCUGCCCCUGAUCUCGCGUCAUGUCUCGGUUCCGGUGAGAAGUCGCGCAAAGAGGGAGAUUUCGGAGCACCAGUCGAGCCCGAGGUACAAAACCAAGACCCUCCCAACCACGCACGUCUUAUCCCGCGAAAUUUUGUUUGGCGUCUUGCUGGUCGGCCUACCAGCUCAACGAGCUCAGCAGACGACGUCGUGGACGGCGACAUGGCGGUGGGUGUGCCUGUCCUCCGGGAGCGGUUCGAUCCAUGGCGCCACGACCCGCUGGAAGAAGAGCUUGAUGGGCAGGAGGAACGCUGUAAAGGAUGCAGCAAGAUCCCCAAAGCCAGGGCCGCGGCUGCUGUGCAGCCACCCCACGAUCUCCCGCCUGAAACGACACCGACAAUGCCGAGCCUGCAGGGCCGCGAGCUCGACGAUGGCUGCCCCGACACCGCUCCCGACCAACUUCAGGAACUCCGCCACGACGGGUCCGUUCUAGCCAUAGCCGUCUCUGAUAAAUACAUUUUCGCGGGCACUACCAAAGGCGAGAUCACCAUUUGGUCGCUCGGCACCUACCAGCUUGUCCAGACCCUCCAAGCCCACAAACGAAGCGUCCUGUGUUUGCUCCUCUCCGAAGACAACAAGUACCUGUUCUCGAGCGCCUGCGAACCCAUCAUUGGCGUCUGGUGCCCCAAAACUUUUACUCGACUUUACGAGAUCUACAGCACAUAUGACGUCGGCGAUGUCUUCAGCGUUGCCUAUUCGCCCCAGCGUGAGACACUCUAUCUCGGGACACAGACGCAGGACAUACAAUGGGUCAAUUUAACCGACCAGUCGAGGAAAGUGCCCCACGACUCUGCAAAUCACCCAGACAAGCGCCAACACCGGUUUUUCGACUCGCGCGCUGUCGGAGGGACGUCUACACCUCGGCGGAUGGAGGAGCACUACACGCUCAUACCGAAGGCAACAACGGUGCUGGAGAUCGACUCUGGGGCGAUUCGGCAAUACGCACACUACGGCUGGAUAUUCUGCAUGCUGAUAGCCAAGGGGCCUACCGUACUUGGUGACCCCGAUGAGGAGGUGCUGGUUACCGGUGGUGGAGACGGCACAAUCAAGUUGUGGAGGCUGUCCGACGAGGGUCCCGACCACGACGAUGGCGUGCUGGGGGAUAUCGAGGAACUGAUGACUUUGGGCGACGAUGAUAGCGAGUCGGUUAUGUCCAUGGCCGUGGACGGGUCUUUCCUCUACGCCGGCAAGCUGCAAGGCAUCAUUGAGCUGUGGGACCUCGACACGAAGCAGAAGCUGCGGGUCAUCAAGGCCCACAAUGGGAAUGUCAACACUCUUAGGAUGAGUUUCGGCCUCUUGUGGAGUGGGGCCACAGGAGGGUCAGCUUCGAAACACAGCACUGUACACUACGGCAGGGACAAGAACGGCCUGUCCCAAAAUAUCAGCCAGAAGUACCAAUGCCUCAACCGGUGGAAAGCCCACGACGGCAAGAUCUUGUCUUCGGCUGUUGCAACCCAUCAGAACGACCAGCUGUUCAUCACCGGAGCCAACGACAACACGGUCCGCGUCUGGCGCGUUAAUGGCAUGCCGACACAGACCGAAGAGGAAAUCGACGGAUCCGAAAACAUGAUGAUCACAUCUCUCCGCGAGUUUGUCUCGUACAAGACCAUCUCGUCGCGUCCCGAGUUCACCGAGGAUUGUCGCAAGGGGGCAACCUAUCUUGGCUCCCUCUUCAAGAGACUAGGCGCCGAGGUAGAGAUGCUAAGCACCGGCGGGUUGCAUAACCCUAUCGUCUUCGCCAAGUUCAACGGUAAACUGGAGCCAUCGGAGAAACGAAAGCGGAUUCUGUUCUACGGUCACUAUGACGUCGUCCCGGCGGACAUGAAGGGAGAUAACUGGCAGACGGAUCCCUUCAAACUGGAGGGCCGUGACGGGUACCUUUACGGCCGCGGCGUCAGCGAUAACAAGGGGCCCAUCAUCGCCGCCAUCUACGCGGUCUCGGAUCUCCUUCAAGCCAAGGUUCUCGACUCAGACAUCAUUUUUGUUAUCGAAGGCGAAGAAGAGUCCGGCUCGCGCGGUUUUCAAGACACGAUCCAGGCGCACAAAGACCUGAUCGGCAACAUCGACUACGUGCUCCUGGCCAACAGCUACUGGCUCGACGAUGAAGUGCCCUGUCUCACCUACGGCCUGCGCGGCGUUCUCCAUGCAACGAUCUGCGUGGACUCCAAGCACCCAGACCUCCACUCGGGCGUCGACGGCAGCAACCUCCUCUCUGAGCCGCUAACCGACCUCACCCUUCUCCUCAGCAAACUGAAAGACUCAAAGAACCACGUCAAAAUCCCCGGCUUCUACGACGGCAUCCUCCCACUAACCGACGAGGAAGACCAACGGUACGACGACAUAGCGGGCAUUCUCAUCCGCCGCAACCCGUCGCACGGACCGAUCGAGGCGCUCAAGCGCAGUCUGAUGGCGCGCUGGCGCGAGCCCAACCUGACCAUCCACCGGUACAACGUGUCGGGCCCCGAUGGCAGCUUGAUCAGUAGCCACGCCACUGCCAACGUCAGCGUGCGCCUGGUGCCGGGUCAGGAGGUCGAGGACGUCAUCACGUCCCUGCGUGGUUACCUGCACGACCAGUACGCUACCUUCGACAGUGACAACACCCUGACCAUCCGUAUCGAUAACAAGGCCGAGCCGUGGCUCGGCGUGCCGGGGAACUACAUCUUCCGCACGCUCGAGGAGGCCGUCAUGCGUGCUUGGGGCGGUGUUUCCAGUGCUGAGGGGGCCGCCGUGGCGCUGCCGCCGAAUGCGACGGAUGGCGAGGACAAGCCCAAGGCCCGGAAGCCUCUGUAUAUCCGCGAGGGGGGGUCCAUUCCGCCGAUUCGGUACCUAGAGAAGGAGUUCAAUGCGCCAGCGGCGCAUCUCCCGUGCGGGCAGGCGACCGAUGCUGCGCAUUUGGAUAAUGAGCGGUUGAGGGUUAUGAAUCUGAUGAAGAGCAGGGAGAUUUUUAGUACGGUGUUUAGGAAGCUGUGA